CUACCUCUCUUCCCGUGUGUCCGCGAACUGUAAUAAAACUUUUCUGUGGAAGCACGAGUCCAUUCUUACUAUCAUAAAAAGGCUUGAUCUUUGUACUCAUAAAGAACCCGCCUCUCUCUUUCUCUCCGAAAGUUCUUUCCUUAAACAAUUCUCUACAAUCUUUACUAGCUACAAACCGAUUUCCAUGCUUAACAAAGCAAGUGUUAAAACCCUAUGACACCCUGAAAGAAACAGGCAACUGAGUUUGCUUUGGUUUCUCUCUUUCUUCAAUGAGAGAGGAGAAGGUAGAGAAAGAGUGAAUUUCACUUAACAUUUUGGUUCUAAUGGGUGUAGGAGAUAGUUGGGAUACAGUAGUGUCACCACCACCAACAUCAGUGGUGCCCUUGAAUUUAGAAAGAGAUUAUCAUUGGAGACAUUUUGAUAAUUCAAUGAAUGCUGUGUCUUUUGGGUUUGUAGCUACUGCUAUAUUAAUAUCUAUGUUCCUUGUAAUAGCCAUCUUCGAAAGGUUCUUAAGGCCAAGAUCAUUGUCUUCCUCAGCUGGUGCUAAUGGCAGUUCUUCUCCUAAUGAUCUUGAAGCACAAGUUGUUUUCCAUGGAAAGCUUGAUUUCCCAUCUCCAAAAAUCAUGCAAAUUUGGAAGAUUAGUGGAAUUAUAUGGGAGCUUCUGUAGCGGGCGGAAUUAUGUUAAAUAAUUCAUCAUUUGCAUUAUAAUAUAAUAUUACGACGGCUCUUUAACGCAACCUCAUUUGAUUGUAAACAUAUUAGAAUAAUAGAUAUUAUUAUCCUAAUGCAUAUGUAUUGUCAUUUGAGUCUUAUAAUAAUAUUACUUUUUGUACCAUUCUUAUUUGUUAUUUACAACAAGCAGGGUAUUGCUUUCCUUGUUCAUGUGUUCAUUAUAGAGGAUUUGAUACAGUUAACAUUCUUUGGUGAACCUUUUGCUUACUUCAUGUUGUACAAGGCAGUCAUCUUGGCCAGAAACAAUCAUGUUUAUGCUUCAAAUCUACUACACCAAA